GUACUGUGAGCAAGCAUAUGUAGAUGACUUACUCAGUAGGCCGAACUUCGCCUGUAGGAAGACAGUUCAAACUUGCUGUGUCAUCUUUUUCACGCGUAAACAAAUUUUUUUUUCUGUGUUAUAGCAGUUCUAGCAAAAUGAGUUUGUGAGAAGGGUGUUAAAACUAUAUAAAAAAUCAUACACAAUUUGGGAUUCUUCGAUUCUACGCGAAUUUGUACUUCAUCGCUAAAGGUCGGUUCUUAUCUCACUCGUGUUCGCCGAUGAUUGCUCCGACAAUGAUUCGGCAAAUCGGAGCUUCAACGCAGUCAUUCACAGUUCGGUUCCCGAAACUCACCAGACUUGUAGCAAUGCAGCAGCAGCAAAACGAUAAAGUAGUGUCUAGCGCCAGUGGUGGCCCAAUUGAACCCCGGAACGCGAAAGUUAUCGAGACCGCUUUGCAAAGAUUGAACCUUCGAGUGUUGGAGAAUGCGGACAGUGGCGUGGCACAACCUCAAACAGCGCAAUCGGGGAGACGAGUUUACGUUGCACGGCAUGCAGAGCGAGUUGAUUUCACCUUCGGAUCGUGGGUUCCAUACAGUUUUAACGAUGCCGGAGAAUAUGUGAGAAAAGACUUGAACAUGCCAAAAUCACUGCCACCAAGGAGUCCCAACAUAUGGCAGCAAGAUACACCGCUGACAAACUUGGGAUGUUAUCAGGCUCGCCUAACGGGUGAAGCCAUGAAAGAGGCUGGUGUUCGGAUCGAUCAUGUGUUUUGUUCGCCAGCAUUCCGCUGUGUGCAGACCGCUGCAUCCAUCAUUGAGGGUCUUGGAUUGCGCGAGAGCCUUCCGAUCCGGAUAGAGCCAGGUCUGCUCGAAUGGCUUACCUGGUAUCCAGCGGGAAUUCCAACUUACCUGUCGAAUGAUGAACUAACCAGUGCGGGAAUUAAUGCAGCCAAAAAUUAUACGCCACUUACCAGUGUGGAAGAUUUGAAACAAUCCAUGAAGGAGAGCUUCGAGGCCUUUUGCAGUAGAAAUGCUGAGCUCUCGAAGCAACUGAUUAAAGCCACAGAAGGAAACAUUCUGAUCGUCGGGCAUGCUGCCACACUAGAAACCUGCACUAGUGCAUUCGUCCACCCAGACAUCCCUCUAACGAGGGAUCUGCUGAAAAGAAUUUUGAAAUUUUCCUACUGCAGCAUAGUCAUGAUGGAAUCGGUCGACGGCAGUUGGAAAAUGACAAGGCCACCAUGCGCGCCCUUCACAAAUUCCAAAAACGAUCGCUUCGAUUGGAAGGACUUGUCUUAAAUUCCACUUAUUUUACGUAAAAAUUCUAAACAAAUGUUACAAACUAGUCGAUUUUUGUUUCUAAUAAAAGCAACAUCAAA